UAACCUAAAAACUUUUGCAAAAAUUCUUGCAUUUUCACAUUUUAAUAAAUAUGAAAUACACUUGAGAUGAAUAUUUCUCUCGUUCAAUUUUCUAGAUGUCUAAGCACGUCAAAAAUUUGCUGCAAAAAAGUUAUACCUACUAAUAUUAAGAAUAAAGGUGUGAGUUCCCAAUUGUGGCUCAAGAGACAAUUGUCAGAUCCAUAUGUGGAGAAAGCUAAAUUGAUGAAUUACAGGUGUCGCAGUGCAUUCAAGCUUGUGGAAAUCAAUGACAAAUAUAAAAUUUUCUGUCCAGGACAAACAGUCAUUGAUGUUGGUGCAGCUCCUGGUUCUUGGUCACAGGUAGCAAUAAAAGAAGUUGAAAACCAAGGAAAAGUCAUAUCUAUCGAUAAGCAGAAUAUUUAUCCGAUGGAGGGGGUAACAAUAUUGAGUGGUAUGGACUUCACUGAUCCAGCAUCACAAUCUCGCUUGAUGAAAGAAUUGAACGGAACUAAAGCUCAGGUUGUUAUGUCCGAUAUGGCUCCCAGAGCAUCAGGUAUAAGAGAAAUGGACAAUGAAAAUAUGAUGAACUUGUGCUACAGUGCAUUAAGGUUUUCUGUACAAGUGUCUGAAUUUGGUGCUACAUUUCUUGUUAAAUUGUGGCAAUGUGGACAAUCAAAGCAACUAGAAUUAGAUAUUUCACGUUUUUAUAACAAUGUUAAGUUUGUAAAACCCAAAGCUAGCAGGGAUGAUUCAGCUGAAAUCUUCAUUUUAGGAAGAAGUUUCAAAGGUCUGAAAAAAACUUGAAUACCUGUAUAGUUUCUUUAAAAAAUGGACCCAGAAACUGAAAAAAUCCAGUUGCUUGCAAUUUAAUUUGACACCUUUCUGAAAUAAAUUUCUUUAUCAUUGUAAUCAAUAAGCUUUCAUUUGAGAAAAUGAAAAAAUGCACAAUAGCAUGAUA